AUGUCCGCUUCAUCAUUCACGACUUUGGCCCUGACCCCGGAUCCAAGUUUCAAUUGGUUCUUUCUUCUCCAAAUAAUCGUGUCUUGUAUCCUGGUCCUUUUCUUCCUACUCUAUUUUAAUCGACUCUUUGCGACCCUUUUAUCGUACGGCAUACGGGCCUAUACAUGGCAUUACUACCGCGCCUAUGUCGACAUAAACGCGCUCCAGAUAUCCCUUAUUGGAGGGAGGGUCUUCUUUAAGGGCAUUCGAUAUCACGGGGUGAACGAGACGAUCUUCAUACAUGGAGGAUUUAUCACCUGGAAUUUCUGGAAGCAUGCGGUGAGGCGUACGAAUCUCUCGUGUUUCAAAUCCACGACCUGGACAGGAUUCCAACAACCGGGAGAUGCUGAAGAUGGCGGCAGCAAGGAUGGUAGCAGUGGCGAGAAAGGAGGGAUCGACUGCCCCGCUAAUCUUCCUUGUCGCAUCACGACUAAACUUUACGGACUAGAAUGGUUUAUAUAUAAUCGGACACCGGCUUAUGAUGGCAUUCUCGCUGGGUUCAACCGCGCAGAACCAGCGCAAUCACCUGGUUCUCAAAGCGCCUCGUCAGACGCUAGUUUGAAGGACAACCCGCCUACCGCCACCUUCUCAAAUGAGAGGCCAUCAGAUCGCGUACCUGCAGCUGAUGGUGACACUGCCCAUAGUGAGGUAAAGGAUGGUAGACGGUAUUCCCAACAAGGCGAUGCCUCCGGGCAGGAGAUAGGGUCAUGCUUGCCUAGCUUGCUCCAAAUUUUGCCGCUGAAAAUUGAUUGUGACAAGGGCGCGAUAGUCAUGGGGAAUGAAAACACAAGAUCUGUCCUGACUACAACAUUCGACUCUGGGACUGGUUUAAUCGAGGCUUGUUCAGCCGCCAGCUCACUUGAUAUUUACCGGCAAGUGUUUAGCUUCAAGUUUUACCAUCCAGUUGUGCAAAUGAGGCCCAAUCCAGAUUACAAACAGACUCAACUAGCUGCUGCGCAAGGGCUAAGCACAACACGGGAGGAGGAACCUGGAACAAAAAGGAAAAGAGACACCAUAUUCAACUACCAGUUCCAGAAACGUAGGGUUUGGCAUAGUAUCCGCGAUCUCAUUCCAUAUUUUCAGACCUCGGUCGAAUCUUUCCACAUAUCUGACAAGCGUGCUGGCACAAACCCACGGAAUACGAUCAAUGCUAACCGUGAUUCCCACUGGGUUGGACUUUCCCGUUACUUAGACCAGGGCAGUCAAGAUGACCAUUCCGAAUGGGACGCCAUAGAAUAUGGCAGGUUUUCCACGAUUUUGGAUAGCCCCGGCAUGACUGUCAUAUAUUUUUGGGAUAUCCCCGGGGACGUGAGAUCACAUUCCAUUUCUGAAGGUGCCCCACACGCGACAUCUCAGGAUAUCAAUGGCGCUCCUCCGCCGGAAUGGGGUAUUGACGUGAAAAUUGACGGUGGGCUUAUUAACUACGGGCCAUGGGCUGAUAGGGAACGUGUUGGACUACAAAACAUUUUUUUCCCAAAUGCCUACCGAAAUUCCCAACCUGCGGAACCCCUGCACCCAGGUGAACCAAGACAAAGCUCAAUCUUUAGGUUCCGCGUUGAAUUCGAUCAAGAAACCAUCCUUCGCAUCCCCACACGUGAACCGUCCAAAGAUUGGCAGUGGAAAGGACGUGGGGAUGCAGUACGAGGCGCAUCCAAAUUGAAGAAGCAACAACGCGGAAAGCAGACACGAGCUGCGGAAGGCGAGAAAGGCAACAUUGGACCCGAUAUUCGCCCCUUUGGGUGGUUUUCACUUCGUAUCGCUGACAACUCAACUAUCAACUAUACCAUGGAUAUGGCGGCGGGGAAGUCGGGAUUUGCAAGUCAGCUUGAUAUUGACAUUCGUGAUUCGAAGAUGUCGUCGAGUGUCAACCAUGCUCUAUUGUGGACCUGUCCAAGGCAACUCAUUACUUGUGACCUAUCAGUUCCACUCUCUUGGAAAACGCUCCGUGCUUGGAAAUUUGACGUCAAGAAUCAUGACAUGGAGCUCUUUCUGCUGAGGGACCAUAUAUUCCUUUUAACAGACCUAAUCACAGAUUGGGGCUCCGGCCCUUCAUCGGAUUACUACACCUUUGUUCCCUUCAUCUACCGUUUGAGUCUGUCUUUUACGAACAUCCAGCUUUUCAUCAACGUCAACGACUCGAACAUCGUCAGCGACCCUACCGACCUCGGUGAUAACCGGUUACUUGCUAUCAAGGGCAUGGAGCUAAGUUCGGAUAUUGUUAUUCCACUGGACAAAUUCUGCGCAGAGCAAAAUGCUGUAGACUUCAAUGUCUCUCUUCGAAAGGCGGAAAUUGACUUCAUAGCCCCAAUGUGGGACACGCUGCACACGUUCUUGAAGAACAAAACAACAGCUGCCUUGGAUACCCUGACAAUCGAUGGCACCUACAACUACUUUCUUUCCACAUCCUCUGAGCUAACGGAUACUUUACUGCUCAACCUGCAUGGAAUGUCUCCGAAACUCUACCUGUUUGGGUUUCUUAUCAAGUCAUUCAUGACCGUGAAAGAGAAUUAUUUUGGCGAAGAUGUGCAUUUCAAGACCCUGGAGGAGUACCAAGAGGUCGCAUACGCUGGGGAUGCUUCCGCAGCACACAAUGGGAUCAAUCCAAACAAGAAAACGAAUGAUCUAGAUGUUGUUUUGCAUGUCACGGUUGACAAUCCUUGUGCUCUUCUACCAGAGAACUUGUAUGACGAUCAUAAUUACGUGAGACUCACUGCCCCUUGUCUAGAUAUCGACUUGAGAUUUACGAACUACUACAUGGACUUGCAAUUUUCACUUGCUCCGUUGAGAGCUGCAUUGGAAUCACACGUGAAGGAAGAGUGUCCCAUAAUAUCGGACACUCAAUUAUUUAUCGAUGGUGCUUCGGUAUAUGGGCAUCGUAUUUUUGGCCUCCCUCCUGCGGAACCAACUUACGUUUGCAAUUGGGACUUUGACAUCGGGAGAAUAGUUGGUGAAUGCUCUCCCAAGUUUUUAUCGUCGUUGGGUAGUGCGUUACAGAGUUUCGAUUUUUCCUUUGACAACGAGGAGAAUGCUCUUCCGCCUCUUGUCCCAAUUGCUCUCCACGAUGUGACAUUCUUACGGGCUCAGAUUUCUUUGGUUCAUAUUUCCGUUCUCAUGGACAAGGAGGCCCUUAUACUGAAGUCCGGGACAGUGACGACGAAGUUUAAUGACUGGGCAAAUGCUAAGUUCACAAAGCGUAUGGGGCUGCUUGUUCCUGACCUAUCAGUUGCCACAAUCGACCGCACCUCUAUUGGCAAAUCUGGCAACGCUGAUGUCCUUCCGCAAGCUUUGAUUCAAACUUCCAUAAGCCUGAAGAUGGUGCAACGGAAAAAUGACAUUGUUGAUGACCGGAAACUCCAACAAGAUCAUAUUAGAGUCCACGACCAGAGAACCCAACGAACACCAUGGCUACUUUUUGACUGGGACGACAUUGAACAGGAUUUUCGAUAUCCGGAUCAGGAUAUGACACCCGGGCCCACUAUCGCCAUACCAACGAUGCCUGAACCUCUAUUCAAAGAUUCUGGAUUGCUGGGUCUAUCACCGGAAGCUUAUGCUCAGGACAGAAGCGGCCCAAGGAGCUUCCUUCUGCAUUCAGACGCAUCAAGCAGCGGGAACAGAGUAAGAAGAGGGACAGCUAGUAUGAACGAAACCCGGAGUGUGUCGUCUUCCAUACGCCGAUAUCAGGGAUAUACUAGACAGGGUAGGGACGAGACAGACCAUAGUUCACCCCGAUAUGGGGAAAGCGCUUCCGAAAAGAUGCCUCGGAAUAAUGCAAGCGCCUGGAGCAUCCCUGAAUUUACUCUCCAUCUCAUGAAAUUGAACACGUCUCGACUGCCUCCCAGUCAAGUGUCAGAUGCCCGCACUUCCAAAGCUGACCGUAUGGCACCGAACUUUGACCAUCGAUCUUCACCGUUUGAAAACGACAAUACAACUCAUACUAACUUUAUCGUUGAAUUACACAAGGGAGUAAGGGGCAUUUGCACACCAAGAUUUCUAUUCCUACUUUCGGAAUUACUCGAUUCUCUUGAGCUUCGACAUCCGGUUGAAAUGAUUGAUUCGCUGCAGAAAGACAUCAUAUCAGAUAUAAUAACCUCCGAGAAAUCUUUAAAAAGACCGAAGAAAGCUACGAGUUUCUCUGUUCAAGCUCCAGCGAUCUCAAUGAAAUUAGUCAACAACUCUGAAUCUUCCGAUGACCACGAAGCCAAUUUUAGAGACGAAUACAUACUGGAAGUUUCUCGCCUGAACACCCAGUUUAGAACAAGAAUCGAACGAAAAAAGGGGGAUCUUUCUGCGGGUAUCACCAAAACUAUCACUGCGCAUGCGGCCGCUGAAAGUUUAUCGAUAUCAGUCGAAAGUAGCCAAAUUGACCAAUACCGGCAGAAAUCUCAAGUCAGCUGUCUCUUGGGAGACGUGAAUUUCUGGAUUGUGACCUUGCCCAUGACGAGAUCAAGCUUGCAGGUUCGUGCGUUUGAUACAGUCACCUCCACCAAGUCCGUUGAACAGCUCGCCUACCUUGUUCGGCGCACAACCACCAUGCUUGACUCUGCAACAUCCGGGUUUAAGAGUAACUCCACACGUCGACAUAAAAGAUUGCGCUUCCUAAUGUAUCACCUUACGCAAUCUGCUGCACAUAUACCGGAUCCUGCAUUCUUGACUCGCGUUUCUUAUAUGCUUAGAAUUGCCUCUGGACAUUUACGACACCACGAUUCUUGGAAGAUCCUCUCUCGUAUCCGAAACGUCUUUAACAACCUCUCAGCCAAGCAACAAAGAGAAUUGGUCGACCAGUGCAUGUUAGAUGACAUUACACUGCUCCCAAAUGCGAAGAGUGUCGUUCUCUCUGGCUUUGAUCAGUGGCGAGCUUGGGAUCUAGCUCACGUCGAAAAGAGCUACGUGAUGCGACGAAUAUGGGACUCACUUGAUACAACAACCUCUGGAGGCACCUCGCCGACGGCUUGUUUUUCCUCUACAGUCAAAUUAUUUCGUUUCUCUAUUGAUCCUGGACCGAGAGAGAGCGAUUUUGUCGUCCAGGAUCUAUCCUCGGUCAUCACAUCUAGUAUCCGAAAAGACCAGCAAAUGAGCCCUGUGCUGAAGUCGGACUCUCUGGUCACUGUGGAGUCUUACUGCUCUUCGAUUAAUCUUCACCUUAGGUGGGAGAUUCUAGAUCUGGUGGAGGGGCUAGUGAAAGCCAUGUCUACCGUGACACUAGAAUCUGCAACUUCGGAUGAGCCCCCUGAGAGUGGGAUAGAAGAACAGGACGAGCUGCAGUUAAUCUUCGGUACAGAUUUAGGAGCUUUGAUUGUCGACGGUAUCAAUUUUAAACUGGCUGUCACUGGAAAAGCUCUCAGAAGUUCAGCCGUUUUAAAGCCCUUAGACAACCAGAACAAGAGCACCAGCCUGCUAAUUAGUUCUGGAACUUCGUCUGUGGACCUCUCCAGUCUCUCGAAGGUCAUGAUGCAAUGGAGAUUUACCGAUCCCCACGUCUACUGCUCUCGCACUACUGAGAAAACAGCGACUGAGAUGAAGCAUGAUUGGAAGGUCGUCUUGUCAAGCCGAAAACUAAGAUUUGACAUGAAUGAUGACCCGCUGGGCCUUGCUCAUAUGGCGGACCGUCUAAUAGAUGAUGAAGUUCAGUUCGUUCACCGACUCAUCAAGAACUUGAAAUUGCCGGAGCCCCAGUCUCCUACAAAGACUACAAUCCAGAAAUCCUCGCAGAAUAAGUUCCAGGUUGCGACAUUCCUGGAUGACUAUCGCUUAGCCCUAAGCAUCCUCCCAUCUCUGGCAUACGUUAUCUCUGGUGAUGUAGCAAGAGCCUCCAUCAUAUCUCGGCUUGAACCGAAAAUGGAAAUCGACUUCGACUUGAAACAGAACCGUCAUACUUUCCUCUCCAACGAGAGGGGAAACUGGCUACCCUUAGCGGAGCUUGUAAUCCCACCAAUCAACGGUCGAGUAAUGGCGAACAUAUCUCCAAACCGUACAGAAAUGGAGGCCGAUAUCACAAUUGAGCUGAUAGAGCUUCAGGCAAGCGCGGUGCGAAGCCUCCUUGGCGUCCUAACAAGGCCUGAAUUCUCGCACUUGAUCUCUGAUCUCAAACAAAACAUGGACUCCUUGGAACUGCACUCUCGGGAAGUGCUUGGCCUGGAUAGUACACCGUCGCAACACAAGGGCACAUCGGACUCGAUAUUUCUCUAUAGGGCCCGAACAACAAUGGCAGGCACGAAGAUACACGCAACUGCGCCUGGAUUAAACGGCAAAAAUUACUCGGCUGACAUGGGAUUCAAUCUUGGAAUGAUACGAAUGCGUCUUGACAAUGGCCUAGAAGCUGGCUACCCGAUGGAGUACCCCGAAUUUCAGGUUGACACCUCCAAGAUAAGCUUUGAUUUGAGCAAGAAGGGCACUUUUAGUGUUCGUUCGUAUUGCAGUUUCGCCGUUGAUGCCAAGAUCAAAGGGACUUCUACGACCGAUGAAAAUGGAAAGUCCUUGCAAGCCUUCCACCUUACCAGCAAAAGCUGUGAUAUCGAACUUUUCCCCGAGGCGGCUGCACUUGUCGUGGAUGUAGCUGCUCAUCUUCAGGAACGGAUGAAAACCAUGGACCUCUCUCAUGAAGUCAAGCGUUUGAAGAAGCUACGACAUCGAGUUCAUUCCCAGACAAAAGCUCCAGAAAUCCCCACUGUCAAUAUGCCCGGUGAUGGCGCUCAUGGAGAUGACCUUUUUGGUGCCAUAUUCUCAUUCGCCCUUAAUAAUAUUCAGGUGGUUUGGAACAUGGCUACUUUCUCCCAGGACACGUCAAACCGCAGGCCUGAUGACAUGGUGUUCUCAAUCCAACGUGUCGAUUUGUCAAACAAGAAAACUACUGCUGCUAAGCUUCGGAUCGAGGAUGUCCAACUACAGAUGGUCCCUAUCUCAGGGGAUAGGAGGAAACGGUCUCUUAACUCCGCCUUACUACCUGAAUUGGUUUUUAAUGUUGCCUACUCUUCAAUGGCCAAAGACGUUCGUGUGGCCCUCCAAGCUGCGGGAAAAUCGUUAGAUAUACGAGCCACGUCUGAUUUCAUUUUGCCCGGAAACAUGAUACGGAACUCGAUUGCCUCCGCGGUCAAGACUAUCCGCGAUGCCAACACUAUCAGCAUGUCAAAACCGUCUGACGACAGUGUGAAACAGCGUUCUCUAUUUGGGAACAAACGUCUUCGCUCGGUUCUUGUAGACGUUGACUUUGCCGGGGCAAUUGUUUCCCUGCAAGGGAGGCAGAGUAACGACCAACAAACGCUUCUUUCAGCUACUUUGAAAGGAAAUAGACCAUCAGAGUCGAAGUACGGCCAGUCUGCCCGAGACGAUUAUUCAGCUACUGCAACAUUACGUGCACCCGGUGUUGCACUGAAGGUUCAAUUUGAGGAUGCUGCUCAUGAAGACUCCACGCUUAAUGCAGAAUUGAAGAUUGACGCGUCCACAAAUGUCUUAUACCCAAGCAUUGUGCCGUUGGUGAAGCAGGUGUCUGCCACAGUGAAAGAAGUCAUGGGUGAGCAGCAGUCAAAGCCUAGAAGACCCUCCAACACCACAAUGCUGCAGCCGCAAAAGCUUAUGCAGGAGACGCCCCUCGACGGCAAAGAUCCCGCCUCGGUACUGGGCCGCUGCAAGUUGAACCUUGGCCUUUUGAUUUGUAAACAAGAGUUCAGCUUGAGCUGCCAACCUAUCGCUCGAGUCGCUGCUACCGCGGGAUUUGAGAGUGUCUAUGUCGCAGUAAAUACCGUUCAAUCUGAUGAUGACGAACGGUUCCUCGCACUGUCAAUGGCAUUCAACGAUUUCAGAGCAUCCGCCAAACACGUAUACUCCAACGAGUCGACAGCAGGCUUUGAGGUGAACUCGAUAAUCAUGUCAUUGAUGAACAGCCGACAUUUAGGUAAAUCGAAAGGAAUCUCGGCCGCGCUACGAGUAAGCCCAAUGCAAGUCAUGCUCAACGCGAGGCAAGUCCAAGAUCUCCUACUGUUCCGUGAGAUCUGGGUGCCAGCAAAUGAGUCCUUGGAUUCGAGCCCAAGCUUCGAGCCACAGCCCACAGAGACACAGGCCUACAUCGUACAGCGCUAUCAGCAGUUAGCUUCGACACCGGCGUUCCCAUUGAACACCACUAUUGCGAUCGAAAAAGUGGCCAUUCAACUUGAUAUGGGAUCUACGUUAGGCAAGGCACAAUUUGCAAUUGAUGACCUAUGGCUGUCAUCGAGAAAGACAUCUGCUCGUGAGCAGAUCCUUUGUGUCGGCCUCAAAUCUGUAGGGAUCGAAAGCAAGGGUAGGCUCAGUGGCCUGGCUGAAUUUCAAACUAUCAGACUCCGUUCUUCUAUCAAUUGGCCGGAUGAUAAUUCAGACAUCAAGACACCUUUGAUACAGGCUUCGAUAUCUUUUGAUCAGCUUCAGAUUAAGGUGUCUUUUGAUUACCAGCCCUUCCUUAUUGCACACAUAGCAUCCUUUGACUUUUUGAUGUAUAAUGUCGAAGGAUCCUCUGAUGAUUCGAAUGAGAGACUGUUUAGUAUCCUCGACGGUGGACAGGUCCAGGUGUUCUGCACAACCUUGACUGCGUCACAAUCUCUUGCAUUAUUUCAGGCUUGGCAGAAGCUUAUGCAAGACAAACAAGCAGCUUAUGAAGCCUCACUGAGAGAGAUUGAAAGGUAUCUUCGUCGAAAAGGCUCUGUUUUCUCUGAUCGGACCGAAUUGUCGACUCACAAAGCGGCGAAGCGAACUGAAGAUAAAUCGGAGCUUGCCCCGAUUUCUCUGCAUACCGGUGUGGUCGUGACAAUCCAUGCAGUCCAUAUUGGAGUUUUCCCAAGCACAUUCUUUGACAACCAUGUUUUCAAGUUGGAAGCUCGCGAAGCCCAAGCUCGGUUCGACGUGUCGCUGGACAAAGGUAAAAUACAUAGCGCUUUGGGACUCACACUAGGACAAUUACGUGUCGCGCUUUCCCCCAUCUCUCGGUCUGACCCCGUGGCUGUUGAGCAACUGCUUGUCAACGAGACUGCCACCCGCGUGAUAGAAACCACUGGCGGAACGAUCCUCAAAGUUCCCCGAGUGGUGGCCGGCAUGGAAACGUGGCAAGGACCAGGGUCUACGCAAAUUGAGUAUGUUUUCCGCAGCAGCUUUGAAGGUAAAGUCGACGUUGGUUGGAACUACGCACGCAUCAGUUUCAUCCGCGAUAUGUGGGAGGCUCACUCUCGUGCAUUGACUUCACGACUAGGCAAGCCGCUUCCGCCAUCGGCCGUUCGCAUUACAGGAGGCCUGAAUGCAGAAGGUGGCGGGGAUAAGAGUGAACAGCAAGAAAAGAUUACUGCGGUUGUCAAUGUGCCGCAAUCCAAAUACAAGUAUGUGGCAAUGGAGCCGCCGGUGAUCGAGACCCCACAACUGCGUGAUAUGGGCGAGGCGACACCGCCGCUAGAGUGGAUUGGCCUUCAACGAGAGAAGCUUCCGAAUGUUACGCACCAGAUCAUCAUUGUGACUUUGUUGGAGAUAGCCAAGGAGGUCGAGGACGCCUAUGCUAAGAUACUGUGGUCCUCUUAA